UUCCUCGAAUCAAACUCCUCAAGCUUCGCCUCACUACCUUUGAUAUCUACCCCCAGUAUUUACGUGGUCGUCGAGAUCCGCGUAGAGGUCGCCGAAAUCGUCCGAUUCGUCCAUGGCGCUCUUAUUGAAGUCAAUCGCAGAAACUUUGACUGCUCUAAAGAAGUUAAGUUGACGCACCUACUCUACCCCAAAACGUACCCCAAACCCCGUCUCCGCUUCGCUGAUCUCCUCUUCCUCUUCCUCGUCCUCGCGUCCAUGGCGGAUCAAUCCCAAUCCUCCCCAAACCCUAAACCAUUACCUCCUCCUUCUCCUCCUCCGCCGCUGCACGCGGCGGCGCGGCGGCGGCGCGACUUCCUUCUCCACGUCGAGGCCUACCUCGCGCGCCGCGAUGGCGUCGACAAGCUCCUCAAGAUCGCCCGCUACGCCGCCAAAAUCGCCCUCUCCUCCCCCUCCGGCGCCGGAACCCUAGCCCCGCGCCUCAAGGCCUUCGAGUCCAGCGUCGGCCUCAGCCGCAAGGCCUUCCGCCUCGGCAAGUUCGUCCAGGACGUCAACUCCCUCCGCUCCCCCUCCGCCGCCGCCGCCGCCGCCGCCCCCUCCGCCGCCGAUCGCCUCCUCGCCGCCCCCGCGUACGGCGGCGAGGGCCUCUACUACUUCGUGGAGCAGUUCGUGUGGCUCGCCAAAGCGGGCAUCCCCGCCGAGCUCGCCCCGCGGCUCCAGAGGAUCAGCGCGUGGGCCGAACUCGUCGGGUACGCGGGGAGCAUCGCGUUGAAGUUGAAAGAAGUGAAAAAGAUCCGAUCUACUAUCGAAUCGAAGACCCCGAUCUCAAAAUCGGGGAAAUGCGACGGAAUCGAAGAGGAGGAGGAGGAGAUGAAGAGAUUGAGAGAGAAGUUGCUUCUUAAGCAUCUUUCGAUCGUCCAGGAUCUCGCCGACGGAUUAAUGGCGCUCGGAGAUGUGAGGGAAGCGAAAGGGUUUCUAGCUAGUCCUCUGCUUAUGGCCUCAGCAGGUCUUCUUUCGGCUGUCAUUAGCACUCACAAGAAUUGGAUAGCAUGCUAAGGUACAGGAUUUUUAGCUCUUUUCAAUUGUUGAUAGAGAUAAAGCUCCUAUCUUUUGAAUGAAUUGUCGGAGCCGGAGUAGAAACAAUUACAUAAUCUCGUAUAAUACCUCAUGUGUAUUGAAUAAUAUUGGAUGAUUAGAGAAAUAUAGAUGGGCAUGCUUAAAUAACAUCAGUUUAUGAUUCUGUAGCUAUGACAUUACAGUGACUCUUUAA